AUUUUACGCCGGAAUAUCCCUUUAACUAAUCAAUACAUACAUUUAGUUUUUUCUACAAUUUUCCAGUGUUAAGUGAAAAAUACAUUUUUUGUAAACUAUGUUUACUUUGUAAUUAUUAAGGCAGUCAUGUUAAGGUUGUUAUAGCAGCAUUUGAUAGAGGCAUAACUUCCAUGAAAGGGUAUUUUGGCAGACAGUCAUCAGAGUAAGGGAGAGUGUGUGCAGAGUUAAGAGGCAUGUGUUUUGAUUAUGUCCAUCACAACGUUUUUAUUGUGAGUACAUAGGUCCAAUCUGUGAACUUCUACCUAUUUUCAUUCAAACUUUGAUUAAAAACAGAAAAAGUUUGUCUCUCAGUUUUGUUUCUCAUUAUAAGUUUUAGUUUUUACAGCUCCUGUGAGUAACUUUGGGUCACUGAAUGUUAACAUUUUAGGUCAAAAUUGUAAAAACAGAGCUAUCUCUUAAGACGAUCAGCUGACAUCUGCACCUUUGCACUGAUUUCUUUCAUUAAAGAUAAUGAUUGAAUAAUAAUCAGUCUUGUUGCUGAAGUUCUUAUUUGCUUUUGGGUAUCAUAAAAGGCAAGGAUAUGAACGUCAUUUAUUUCACAAAUAUCAAAAAUAUCAAAGAAGCCUUAAGAAAUGUUUGUCCCAAAAUAGUCAAUGCCAUGUUUGUUGUUACAUCAUGCUGAAUUGUUUUUGUUUUUGGAAACAGAAAGUCCUCCUUUGGCGUCGUAGGUUUAUCAGAUCAUGCACUAGUUCUCCGUAAAUCUAGUCCUGUCAGUGACUGAUUUACAUUGUCAGCUGUGAUUUUGGUUAUACCUGUUUGAUGACUCAGGAUUGGGAGUGCACUAGGUUGCAAAAUCCUUUAACUACACCUGCAUUGCAUAGCGAUAACGCAGCGUCAUCUGUGAAGAAUGGAAAACGAAAGUUACAGAGGAGAUGGGAAAACGAAUCUUACGGAGGAGGGGGUCAGCUGCUGCGGACUCUAUAAAUUGUGCUGAGCGCCAAUACCUGUGACAGAAGCUGCUUAGCAUCGUCUGUUCGUGCUGCGGAUUUUUGAAGAAGUUUCACAGGAGCUUUCCAAGUUAGCAAAAGGUGAGAAGCUUUUUCUAUCAACGGAACCUUAUCCUGCCACACUUUGCUUUUAUUUAUUAUUCUCAUUUUGUUUCUUGUAUCGUUGUUUUAGGAGCUUUCAAUGAUGGAAAUAUCCAUUGUAAUGCUUGGCGAAUGCCACACUCUGACGGUGAAACCUCAAGACACCGUGGGGUCUCUGAAGAGACUGAUCCAGGAGAAGCUCGGGGUUCCCUAUGGGGAGCAAAGGCUGGUCAUUGACAACGGGCACAGGACCUUUCUCAACGAUGACAACAAGACCCUGAGAGAUUACUCCCUUCACUCCGGCUCCCAGGUCACUCUGCUGAUCACCAAACCGCCUGACACCUUCCAGGUGUUUGUCACGAACGAGAAGGGAAAUACGAAAACCUACGACAUAACGAAGGAUGAGACUGUGGACAUGUUAAAGAGACAAGUCGAGAAAGUGGAGGGGGUCGCUGUGAGCCAGCAGAGGCUGAUUUUUCAGGGCAGAGAUAUGACAAGCGGGAAACUCUCGGACUGCAACGUUAAAGAGCACAGUACCAUCCAGAUGACGAUGCGCCUGAGAGGAGGCUGAAGACACUGAUGGUUCAUAUAACAACUUUCCAAACCGUUUCUAUUAAUUAUCAUACUAUUUAAUAUAGGCGAAGAACGAAUGUCAUAAGGCUAUUUGUUAUUUAAUAUAUUUUAUUGUGAAUGAAGCAUUCCUGUUCCAUGUCUUUAAAAGUUUGUUAUGGCUUGUAAGUCAUUUGACCAUUACAGUGAGUAAUGCUCAAGGCACAUUAUGAUCUUUUAUUUUCUCAAAUGGAUGUUAUUGUAUUUUUUUAAAUGAACAAUGUUAACAAAUAAAAUCUUCUAAAAAGAUUUAAACGUGUCUUAUUUUACGUAACCCACAGAAACACUUCUUUAGCUCUUUGGAGGAGCUGCACCAACUGACACACAGUCAAUCUUUAGCAUUGAAAUAUCAAAAUCAGUUUUACCAGGAUUCAAGUGUCUCAGACGAAUGGUUCCAACUCAAAGGAAUAUUACGUCAUAAAAAGGGUCAAACACACCGCAACACCGAGUUAGACAUCCCAUUGAGAAAUGACCACUUGCUUCUCUUGUUAAACAAACUUAAGUAAUGACCGCAGGAUAGUAAUGCACAGCAGUCUAAUGAGUCACACACUUUUUAACUAAAUUUCUUUUGCAAAGAGACCAACACAACUCACCUACUCACUUCCAGCAGCCGCUUGUUUGUGGCGAGACCUUGGGCAAGUCCAUUAUGGACUACAGUGGGGUGACACAGCUCAAGGAAGGACAUUUAUGAUAGUUUCUUUAUCAUUUCCUUGAAGUUAUAAUCACCAUAGUAAUCAUUUUGCACUACAGACUCAGCAGUUCUUCUGCAUUAGCGUCUCAGUCUGAUUGCAUUUCCAUGAAGACAUGAUCAUAAAUGUUCUUCCUUGAGCUGCAUUGCCCCAAUGUAGUUUGUAAUGGACUGGCCCAAGGUCUUGCUACAAAAAAGCGGCUGCUGGAAGAGAGUAGGUGAGUUGUGUUUAGUCUCUUUGUUAAAGAAAUCAGGCUAAGCUAAAAAGAUAUUUGUUGGCUAGUACUAUGGCUGGGACCCUAUAUGUACUGUUGAUGAAGUUAGGUGCUGUUCUGAGCAUUUUCUGUGUCUAUAGAGUGGCUCUUGGUUGAGGUUUGUGUGAGACUCCUUAGACCGCUGUGUAUUGCUAUCUUGCAGUUAUUACUAAAGUUGGUAUAACUAGAGAAGCAGGCAGUCGGCAACAUUCAUCCCUCGACGGGGUGUCUAACUCUGUGUUACGGUGUGUUUGACCCUACAUUCAUUUUACGCCGGAAUAUCCCUUUAACUAAUAAAUACAUACAUUUAGUUUUUUUCCACAAUUUUCCAGUGUUUAAUGAAAAUUACAUUUUUUUGUAAAGUAUGUUUACUUUUUAGUUAUUAAGGCAAUCAUGUGAAGAUUGCUAUAGCACCAUAUAGAGGCAUAACUUCAAUGAAAGGGUAUUUUGGCAGACAGUCAUCAGAGUAAGGGAGAGAGUGUGCAGAAUUAAGAGGCAUGUGUUUUGAUUAUGUCCAUCACAAUGGUUUGUUGUGAGUACACUGGUCCAUUCUGUGAACUUCUACCUAUUUUCAUUCAAACUUUGAUUAAAAACAGUAAAAGUUUGUCUCUCAGUUUUGUUUCUCAUUAUAAGUUUUAGUUUUUACAGCUCCUGUGAGUAACUUUGCGUCACUGAAUGUCAACAUUUUAGGUCAAAAUUGUAAAAACAGAGCUAUCUCUUAAGAUGAUCAGCUGACAUCUACCCCUUUGCACUGAUUUCUUUCAUUAAAGAUAAUGAUUAAAUAAUAAAAAUCACUCUUGUGGCUUCUUAUUUGCUUUUGGGUAUCAUAAAAGGCAAAGUAUGAAAGCCAGUCAGUAAGUUUCCCAAAUGUAAAAAAAAAAACUCAGGA